AUGCAUUCUCAUUCCAUCGGGCUGCUCUCCAUCUGUGUGAAAAUACACAGGCCUACUGGAAAGACAACCACAACUCCAUUCCACCGUGCCACCCAGCAGUUUUGGCCCCUCCCCAAUAUCCAGAUCAUGGCGGCUGGGUUAGCGGAACGACCGUCCGAGGCUAAGCCGACGCCAACGGCGAACGGUUAUCCUUCCGUUAUCACCAACCAAGCGCUUACUACAAACCCUUUCAGCCACUUAUGCGGCCAAAAACUAACAUUUUAUCCGGGAGGACGCCACUGUCCCGAAGACCACCUCCACGUCCCCUUGUUAGCUGCGCCAAGAGGCACAUGGGCACUCUCUGCCAGCUUCAAUCAUCCUGUGGGAAACCAGUUUGUCGAUGUUCACGGCCGGGCCGAGGGCAGAAUACUCAACGGCCCAGCUUCUUGCGUUGCACCUGGAUGCCAACUCGGCUUUAGCUCCAAGUGCGACGGCAACAAGAGUCCUUCGGGCAAAGACACCUCGUCGGUGCCCAGGCCGCUGAUAGGGGACCUUCCCUAUGGCGUCGAGCUGAAGCACUGCCGGGUCAACGGAACCGUGGCGCUGACCUUUGACGAUGGGCCGUACAUCUACACGAGCGAGGCGCUCGACAUACUCGGCCGCAACGGUAUCAAGGCCACAUUCUUCAUUGUUGGUGCCAACGGCGGCAAGGGCCAGAUCAACGACCCGGCCUCGGGGUACGCGCCCAUCAUCAAGCGCAUGUGGGACGCGGGGCACCAGAUAGCGAGCCAUACAUGGAGUCAUCAGGACAUGACCACCCUGUCCAAGCAGCAGCGGCACGACCAGAUCGUCAAGAACGAGAUCGCCAUCGCCAGCAUCCUCGGCGUUUUGCCCACCUACUUCAGGCCGCCGUAUGCCAAGUUUAAUUCAGAAGUUUUGAGCGAUCUCCAGGAGCUAGGGUAUCAUGUUACAAACUACGACGUCGACACGAGAGACUGGGAGGGAAGCCCUGCGAACUCGCGCAGCGCCUACCUGUCGGCCCUCUCGAGCCGCAACCCCGUCUCAUCAUCCUUCCUGUGCAUUGCGCACGACAUCCAGGAGCGCACCGUGCACGGGGGCCUGGUCCAGUACAUGAUCGACGAGGCCCGCAGGCUCAACUACAAGCUCGUCACCAUCGGCGAGUGCAUGGGCGACCCCAGGGGGAACUGGUACCGGGACGUCGCCUCGGGCCGGGUCUACGACCCGGAAAAGACGGGGCCCAAGGGCCCGCAGGACAACAAGGCUUCCGCCUCGCAGACCGCCAGCGCCGGGAUGGCGGCCGGCUCUUCUGACCGACACCAGUCAAUUCCAGCACGCUGCCACACGUCUUACAUCAUGAGGUGCAGAAGAGCCCAGAAGGCCAAACCCAUCCGAAAAAGUAAAAAGGGCUGUAAAAGAAGAAGAAGAAGAAGAAGAAGAGCAGAGAAUCGACAAAAGUAG